GGUAGAUGUAGCUAUUUCAUUUUGGUGACCAGUGUCUUUGAAAAAGGGAGCCUAUAACUUUAUAUAACACCGUAUUAUAGUCAACUCGAAAUAGUUUAAAGCUCUUUUAAUCAUCGCGUGGAGGUGUUUAUUAAAACCGUUGAAUUAAAUCGGAUAAACACACCGUAAGCAGAUACCCACUUCUGGCUCAAUAGUUACAACCAGCUACAGCGUGUUAUGCCAGCAAUUACUCUCCAACAAAUACCUUUCGGUGCUCAUCUUAAUUAUACCUGAUAGCAACGGCUAAUUCUUAGUCAGCGUCAUUCCAGUUCUCCUGGGUGGUUGGUUAUUUUUUAAGAGGAAAAGGCCACAUUGCACAAACUCUCCAACACUGAAUAAGAAUCUGCUGCUUAGAUAUUACUCUCCGUCUCUGAAUUCUCCGUCACUCCCUGUGGAUUAUCCUGGACAACGGGAAUGGCAGCAGCCCUCACUGUAACUGGGAUUGCACUUGUACUUUUCCUUCCGACUGCACAGUUAUUGUCAGCUGAGCUGAGGUUUGUGGACCAGACACACUUCCGAGUGAAUGAAACCAGUCAAACUAUUGUCCGACUCGUAGUGGAGAGGGUGGGGGACCCUGUGAACGUCACGGCUCUCGUUCUGCUGGAGGGGGAGGACACAGAGGACUUUGAGGCCACGACGGCUGCAGCUUUCCUUCUUACCACUGAGACAAGAAAGACCAUCUUCAUUGCCAUACGAGACGAUGACUUACCCGAAGCUGACGAAACAUUUGUCUUCAGCCUCAAACUGCAGAGCUCAUCCAAUGGUGUUGUUCUGGGAACCCCCAACCGAGCCACAAUCACCAUUCUGUCCAAUGACAACGCCUUUGGAAUCAUCUCCUUCAACUCUUCCUCUCUGAUGACUGUGAAUGAGCCGCAGGGUAGCAACCAGGAUGUCUUUUUAACUCUGAUCCGUGAGAAGGGAACCUACGGGACUGUUACUGUCAACUUUGUGAUAUCUGGCGGUUCGAACCCUGUAAUGGAGGAUCUGAGUCCAGAAAGAGGCGAAAUCACAUUCCUUCCUGGACAGGCUGAUGUGGUAUUCAGUGUUACAAUACAGGAUGACAAGAUCCCGGAAGAUGACGAGAUGUUCACGGUGCAGCUGACAGGGGUGAAAGGUGGGGCACUCCUAAACCCCAACCGCAGCAGUGUAAACAUCCUCAUAUUCCGUAACGAUGCGCCAAUCCGUAUAUCUCAGCCUUACCUGGCCGUACCGGAAUCUGCCGGUAUCAUCAACCUCACCGUCACCCGCGGACGCACCGACGAUGACCAACUCAUUGGUUCCGAUGAACAUGAGGUCUCCAUUGCUUAUAUGGUUGUCAGUGGCAACACUUCUGCCAGUGUGGCCACUGCCGGUGUGGAUUUUGUGGACCUCCAGCCUGAAGCAGUAGUGCUUUUCCCUGGUAAAGUCCACAGAGCCCAGUUGCGUUUCAGGAUCGUCGACGACAGCGUGCCGGAGAUCGCCGAGUCCUUCCGGGUGGUCCUCUUGGACGACACGCUGCGGGGGGACGCGGUGCUGGCGGCACCAAGCUCUGCCCAUAUCACCAUUGAGCCCAAUGACAAGCCCCAUGGGGUGCUGUCCGUUAGCGCCAUGGCUACAUCUGAUCCCAUUAUUGUUAAUGAGGACCUCACCGUGAAAUUUGAACAGAUUACGGUUGUGAGAAACGGGGGCACUCAUGGAGACGUUUCCGUGAACUUUACUGUAACCCGAAAUGUGAGCGACGACUCGCCUGUCACAGAUGACCUGAGUCCUGCCCUUGGAGUCCUGAGAUUUGCAGCUGGCCAGAUGACGGCCGUCCUGUCCUUCAACAUCACGCAGGAUGACCUCCCAGAGGAAGCUGAGGGCUUCUUCUUUCGGCUGCUGCCUGAUUCAGUGCAGGGUGGCGCAGAGGUGGAUGAACCUAUGGAGAUGAUCUUCUAUGUGCAGGACAGUGAUGACGUGUAUGGUCGCUUCAUCUUCCAUCCAGAUGAAGACCAGCAGAUUCAGAGUGACCCCAGUGGACGCUUCCUGUCCCUCAGUUUCCUGCGUGAGGGAGGGAGAGUGGGGAGAGUCCAGCUGGCCCUUAGCGUCCUCUAUCAGCCUGUCCGGCCCAUCGACCUGCCCUGGGAUGGAAUGCUAAAUGGCAGUAGUGUCACCAAUGUGCUGUUUGAGCCGGGCCAGCACUCGGCACAAGUAGCUUUACCUAUACGGAACGAUGCCUUCUUGCAAAAUGGUGCCCUCUUUCUCAUUCAGAUGAUCAGUGUUCAACUGGAGCACAUUCUCCCCCCUGUGCCAUCAGUUAGCCCUCGUUUGGCAGGAGCUUUCAACAUGAGCCUCACGGUCACUCCAGAUAUCGCCAAUGGAGAGAUUGGCUUUACCGGGAACCUGACGGUGGUGUUACUGGAACCAGAAGAUACCAACUCCAGUUUGGUGACCCUGUCACUGCGUCGGGAUGGAACAGAUGGACAGGCGGAGGUGUUCUGGAGUCUGCACCCCACUGGGGAGAAUGACAAAGAUGUGACCCCUGAUGACCUAUCACCCUUCAGUGGGUCCGUCGUGUUCCAGGCAGGAGAGAGCGAUGCAGAGAUUAAUAUCACCAUCCUGGCUGACAACAUCCCUGAGAUCAACGAAACGGCUCUGCUCACUCUGGACAGUGUCAAUACACAGAACCAGAUUCUAAAGCCUGGCUUCACCACCCGUGAGAUUGUCAUAGUGGAAAACGAUGAUCCUGGGGGAGUCUUUGAGUUUUCGCCCCUCUCCCGAGGACCCUGGACUAUCAGUGAGGGGGAGGCGGUAGAGCUGCGUGUGGUCCGCUCACAUGGCCAACUGCUGAGACAGCUGAUCCGAUACACACUGGAACCCAGAGGGACGGAGGAAUUCUACGGUGCCACGGGGAUCCUAGAGUUUCAACCAGGGGAGAGAGAAGUGGUGGUGGCAUUGGUGGCCAAGCCAGAUGGCCUGCCUGAGCUGGAUGAGGUGUUCUGUGUGGUGCUGAGCAGUCAUAGCACCCCUGCCAGUCAUCUUGGAAACAACAGGGUGGUCAACAUUACUGUCCGUCAAAAUGAAGAUCCCUUUGGGGUCAUAGGGUUUGGCGAACCUGGGUUGGCAUUCAUCAUCAGUGAAAGCAAGGGCAUGCAUCCUUACUCAGCGUCUUACCCUAUCGUGAGAAACAGGGGCCGGUUUGGAAAUGUAUCUGUUGCGUGGGUCCUUGAACCAGGCACAUCAGGAGAUGUCAGACCAGUGGAAGGAUAUAUUGAAUUUUCCGAGGGGGAGUACCUGAAGAACCUCACUCUCUUUUCUGAACCUGAUGAGGUUCCAGAGGACAUGGAACACUUUACUGUUACUCUGCUGUAUGCAUCUGGUGGUGCUCGAGUUGGAAGCAAUCGGAAUGCAACCUUACAGAUCUCUGAAAAUGAUUACCCAAUUCACUUUGCUGAACCAGUGGUUGUCAUAGUCCCUGAAGGAGGAAUGGCUCAUUUCUCCCUUCUGAGGACGGGACCAGCUGAUAGUACUGCAACUGUAAUGUAUCGAUUUGCCUACGGUGGCGCCUCACCUGGUGAUUUGAUUCCUUUAAGCAACGACUCAAUUCUUAUAUUUAAUGCUGAGGAACGGAUGAAAAACAUCUCAUUCAUGGUGGAGGAUGACGAUAUUCCUGAAACUGAUGAACUUUUUUACAUCAUUUUGUUUAAUGCAACCGGGGAUGCAGUGGUCUAUGGUGAGGAUACUGGAACCGUUGUAAUUGAGGCCAAUGACGAUGCCAAUGGGAUCUUCUUCCUUGAUUCCACUGAGAAGACUGUGGAGGAGGGCAAAACCAACAACAUCUAUGUUCUAAGAGACAGGGGAUACUUUGGCAAUGUUACCGUAUUCUGGCAGCUUUUUGCAAAUAGUACCACUCUCGACCCUGGGACGGAGUUCCUCCACACUUCAGGCUCUGUAGUAUUCACCACCGGCGACAUCAUCAAGCCCAUCAUCUUGGAGGCCAUAUCGGAUAAGCUCCCAGAGUUCAAUGAGUUUUAUGUUCUGGUGCUUGUAAACAUUUCAGGUGGAUCUCCUGGCGAGGGUGGUCAGUUGGCUGCGGCAAACCUCAGUUCCUCAGUCAUCAUACCCUAUAAUGAUGACCCUUUUGGGGUGUUACACGUGGCUGAGGAGAACAUGGAUCAAGUGGUGGCAGAGGACACCGUGUCUGACGAUGACAUGUCAAACAUUAUCUCCUUGACCAUUCUCAGACUGCAGGGCACGUUUGGAAAGUUGCGUGUCGUGUGGGAAAUCUUGUCAGGAGGUUUCCCUAAUGGCCUGCCACCUAUGAAGGACCUUCUGCUAUUGGCCUCUUUUCCACAGUCAGUGGAGGUUCAACCUCAUGGCAGAGGUCCUCAUGCUGGCACUGAUGCCUUUUUCUUUCCUGGUCUCCAAGGAGCCUUCGGUACCAUCGAUGCAAAAGUCCAGUUAGUAGAAGGGCUCCACGGCCUUGUCAAUUUCACCAUAUCUGCCUGGCUAAUGCCUCAGCCCAAUACCAAUGGAUUUAUCGUUUCCAAGGGCAACGACAACGGAACCCUUUAUUAUGGAGUUAAAAUCCACAUCAAUGAGUCGCUUGUGAAUGUGACGCUCUUCUUCAUGACUGUCGGGUCCAACAGAACUCAAGUAGAGGGGGCCACCGCAAACAGAUCUGCGGGGGACGACACAUGGAUCCAACUUGUCAUCACAGUGGAUGAUGGGAUCAUUCAGUUCUUUUUGGACGGAAACCCCAUGCCUGAUGGAGUGAAAAGCCUUAAGGGGGACGCAAUAAUUGACGUGACUGCACCAGUUCAUAUUGGAUCCGACCCAGUUGGAGAGGAGCGGUACCGGGGGCUGAUGCAGGACCUACGUCUAUAUUCUUCCCCGUUGAAUUAUACUAUGAUCAGAGAGCUCUAUGACCAGCCAGCCAGGCAUGACCUGGACAUAGUUUCUGGCUACCUCGAGUACCAACAGGACGAGAGCGAGAAAACAAUUGUGGUGGAGGUGCGUGACGACCAGGAGGUGGAGGGGGAAGAGUUGUUCUACCUGCAGCUGGCUGCCGUCUCUGGAGGUGCUCGGCUUCCUGUGCCGUACCCAACGGCCAUCCUUCGUGUGCAGAAAAGUGACAAUGCCAACGGGCGAUUUGGGUUCUCUGGGAACUGCAUGCCAGAAAUAUCUGAAGAGGGGUCUGUCGUAUCCUGUGUCAUCGAACGCUUUUUGGGGACCCUGGAUUAUGUGUAUAUAAACUACACUGUCGUUCAGAUUGAUUCAACCGAUGUUGCCUCAGAUUUUGACAACACAACUGGUGUAGUUAUGUUUCUGCCUGGACAGCGUUCUGAGGUUUUGAACUUGUCGGUGUUGGAUGAUGACAUUCCAGAGUUUGAUGAGCAUUUCCAGGUUGUCAUGGUUUCUGCCGUGUCUGGGGAUGGAAAGCCUGGCACAACCCCUACAAGUGGAGCAAGCAUUGACCCUGAAAGUGCUGUCGCCUUGGUUACAAUCAAGGCUAGCGAUCAUCCCUAUGGACUGAUGCAGUUCCAGACGGACUCAUUGCCAACUGGCAUGAUCCUACCAGCUCUCCAGGAUGCUCGUAUCACUGUGGCAGAAGAGGAUGGGGUGGUCUGCUUAAUGGUGGCCCGAGCACAAGGCUUAAUAGGAGAAGUUAUGGUUGGAUACCGCACCAUUCCUUUCACUGCCAGCAGCCCAGAGGAUUACCAGGAUGUUAUUGGAACACUAGACUUCAUACAAGGAGAGAGACAUAAGUGCAUAAACAUCACCAUCAUUGACAACGAAAUGCCUGAACUUGAGAAGGUCUUCAGAGUGGAGCUCUACAACCCAGCUGGAGGAGCUAGUGUUGGGGUUGGCUCAAUCGUCACGGUGACCAUUGCUGCUUCAGACGAUGCCCACGGAGUAUUCCAAUUCAGUGCCAAUUCACUGUCACUUAAUGGAACCGAGCCAGAACAGAACCACAGCACUGUAAUUCUUCAGGUGAUGCGCUCCUUUGGCGCGCUGUCCAAUUUGACGUUGUUCUGGGAGGUGGAGCCAGCUGCAAAGCAAGAGCUGUUGCACACAAUGGGGAACUUGACCUUCGGUGUUGGGCAGAUUGUGUCCAACAUUGUUUUACAGGUCUCCGAAGAUGAAAUCCCAGAACUAGAUAAGACCUUCAGGGUGAUCCUGUCUAAUGUGUCCCAUGGCCGCUUGGGUGAGAGCUCGGUCGCAUCUCUGACAAUAUUGGCAAGCGACGAUCCCUACGGGCUCUUUGUGUUUCCGGAGAGCGAGCGUUCGGUACGGAUAUCUGAGGCCAACAUUACUGUCACCCUCACCAUACAGCGUCAAAAAGGCCUCAUUGGGAGGGUGAGGGUAGCAUACCAGACUCUGAAAGAGACAGAUGCCGCUCCAUUUCACACACCAGGAAUCGGUCGAGCCACUGAAGGCAGAGACUUCAUUCCCACGAGGUCGUCGGUGACAUUUACAGCUAACCAGAGUGAGGCCAAUGUGACCUUGCAGGUUCUUGAUGAUAAGGACUCAGAACGGGGAGAAUCUAUCUUCAUGGAGCUGGUCAGUGUCGCCCUCAUAGACGGAGGACAAGAUCGACCAAUUGCACCUAGUCUUGGAUCGAGAGCUGCCACUGUUGCCCAGGUGAUAAUACAGCCCAGUGACGAUGCAUUUGGAAUGCUGCAGCUGUCUGCCUCGGCAGUGACAGUGGCAGAAUAUUACGUUGGACCCAUUAUCAACGUGACUCGUGUUGGAGGAAUCUUUGCUGACGUAUCUGUCAAGUUCAUAGCAGUGCCAUUGACUGCCACGUUUGGUGAGGACUUCACCAUCGCCUCCUCUGACGUGGUUCUCCUGGAGGGGGAGACGAGUAAGGCGGUGCCCAUCCUGGUCAUCGAUGACGUGGUGCCUGAGUUGGCGGAAACCUUCCGUAUUGAGCUGCUCAACCAGACCACAGGGGGCGCACGACUGGGCCAACUGACACAAGCCAUUAUCACAAUUCUGCCAUCUGAUGACCCCUUCGGCUCAUUCGUGUUUCAGACAGAUACCAUUACCAUUGAAGAGCCUGAAUUGACUCCAGUGGAGAUCUCGUUCCCCGUUGAGCGGAGGGCUGGGACGAUGGGUCAAGUGACUGUACAGUGGCAGGCUAUGGUCGGUGAACAGGAAGCUGUGUCCGACCUCUUACCUUCGUCUGGAGAAUUACACUUUGCAGCCGGUGAAACCAUAAAAACCUUAAAGGUUGAAGUGCUUCCAGAUGAUAUUCCAGAAAUCACAGAGAUAAUCAAGUUGAAACUCAUUGGUGCCACUAAUGGAGGGAGCAUCGGAGCACGGAGCAUUGCAAACAUUGUUGUUCCGGCUAAUGACAAUCCCUAUGGAACAGUCCACUUUGAUCAGUCAGUGUACCGUGUGCUGGAACCCUUACAAGGAGUCUACAUUGCCAACAUCACUGUGCGAAGGAAAGGUGGUCAUUUUGGUCUCCUGGAGAUCCUCUACAGCACAUCGGAGCUCGAUGUGGUGAGCAUUGCACGGAUGGAGGGACAGAACGCUUUGAUUUAUUACGACACUAUUAGAGGUGUUUCCUUCAGUGCCACCCCCGGGUCAGUCAGUGUCAACUCCUCCUCUCAGAACCCUCUCAGCACCUGUGCUGAAGUGUGCCUCCUGGAACGGGCUUGCGUGGCCUUCUCUCUCACCAACACCUCCACUGGCCCCCUCUCGUGUGUCUGGGUGGAUGACAGCACUGGGGAACUCAAUCCUGACCGCCAAACCAUCACCUACAUCAAAAACACAACAUCUGUCAUGUCGCUCUUGAGUUCCCAGGCCCUCACUGGAGCUGACUACACCCCCGUGACUGCCCAAACAGCGAUCAUGGCAGACGGCUCGGGAGAAGCCAACCUUACGGUGACAAUCCUCACUGACUCGUUGGCAGAGAUGGAUGAGAGUUUUAAUGUGCACAUCCUCAACGUUAGCCUGGUCAAUGUGUGGGUGGAAGACGAGAACCUGCCGACUGUGGGCCAACCGGAUUCAGCCCUGGUGACCAUUAGUAUGAAUGGUGAUGCAUUUGGGGUAUUUAUGUUGUACAUCCUUAACCCUGAAGCCGCAGAGGAUGGCCUGUACCUGGAGAUCAGCGAGGAGCCGCAGACAUCUGUCCUUCUUGUCAUCGAGAGGACUGGUGGGAGUUUGGGGAAGGUGACCGUGGAGUGGAAAUAUGUUGGAGGUAGUGCAAGGCCCGAUCUGGAUUUCAUUGGAACGGGUGAAACGCUCGCAUUUGGAGAUGGUGAUGUGAAGAAGACCAUAAGACUCUUCAUCACUGAUGACGAGGAGCCGGAGGGAAAUGAAACCCUGAUAAUUGGCCUGGUCGGGACGGAAGGAGGCAGCCGCAUCCUGCCGGGCGCUGAUUCAAUCACCAUCCUUAUUCUUGCCAAUGAUUUUGCCGCUGGAGUUGUGGGCUUCAGCAACUCCUCCAGAUCAGUCGUCACACAUAGAGGUGAAAGAGUGACUCUACGUGUGGACAGGACAGCUCCUGGCAUCGGCAAUGUUACUGUUGGCUGGAGAGUCCUUGGUGCCAGUGUCCUUCUAGCCUUCACUGAAACUUCAGGACAACUCUUCUUCCCUGAAGGCAUGCUGAGUGACACAAUCAUUCUCCAACUGUUGGAUGAUAAUAUCCCAGAAGAGAGGGAGGUUUAUAGAGUGACUCUCUACAACAUUUUGACUGAAGGGGUGGUAUCCAGUGGACGAGCUAUCCUGGCCCCACAGGGCAGUGAAGCAACAGUGAGUGUGGAGGCUGAUGAUGUGCCCUCCAGUGUGUUGACCAUCGUGCCCUCUUCUCUGCGGGUGACCACGCCCGAGGAGGAUAUUACGCUUCACAUUUUCAUCAGGCGUCAGUUUGGAGCCUCAGGAGCGGUGAACAUCAGCUACGCCACAGUGCGUGGCUCCUUGACACAUCUGACUGAAAUGGAAGGCAGCUUGGCUGAACCUGGAGAGGACUUCCAGCCUGCCUUUGGUUCCAUCACACUUCCGGACGGACAGACCUCAACAUUCAUUCCCAUAGAAAUUAUAGAUGAUGACAUUCCCGAAUUACAGGAAGUAUUCCUACUGAAGAUAAUGUCUGCUGUACUCCUAACCUCACUUGUGAAUUUAGACAUUGAGGACCGUGUGGCUGAAAUCAUCAUUGAAGCUAAUGAUGGCAUCCAUGGUGUCAUGAGCUGGCAGAGUAUAAGUUUUGAAGUGAAUGAAACGGUGGGGCUGCUGACACUCGUGGCCUUCAGAGAUAGAGGAGCCCAUGGGGAUGUUUCUGUAUUCUUCUACGCCCAGAGCCUAGAAGCACAGUUGGGACAGGAUUUCAACACCACUCCCUCGGUCUUACACUUUGCCCAUGGAGAGAGAUUUAAGUUCGUUGAGAUACACAUUUUGGAUGACUCUCUUCCAGAAGGGGAUGAGCAGUUCCUGGUGAUUCUGGCCGACCCAUCCACUGGUUUGGAGUUGGGUGCUAAUGUUACAGCGACGGUGACCAUCUUGGCUAGUGAUGAUGGCCAUGGGGUAAUAUCCUUCAACAACAGUGAACACUUCCUGUUGAGGGAGCCCACCUUUAAGUUUGGGAUCAGUGAGAGUGUGGCUGAGCUCUAUGUGUUCAGAAACCCGUCACAAGGGACCUUUGGCACAGUCAGUGUCCAGUUCUCAGUGGCUGACAGCAAUGGCUCACUUAACACCAGUGAUCUAAUGCCCUCAGAGGGUUUUGUGGUGCUGGAGGAUGGAGUCAGAUUUAAGAUUCUAGAGAUUUGGGCAGUUCUCGACGAAGAACCAGAACUGAACGAGACAUUCAUCGUGACGCUGUUUAACCCAGUGGGUGGAGCCAGGCUCGGGGAGGCGCUGCAGAUCUCCAUCACAAUAUUGGAGAACCUGGCCCCGCUCAGUCUCUUCAGAAUCUCAGCAUCUGACAGUGGGCUGACUUCAGUGGAGGUGGAAGAGGGAGAUACCCUGUAUCUGACGGUUUCGUGUAGCAGCAGUUUGGACGUCACCUUGAGCGUGGAAUGGGAGACAAUAUCAGACUCUGCUGUCGCCAUGGGUAAGCAAAUUACUGCCUCUGUCAGAAUCCAGAGUCCAAGUCAAUGUGUGGGAUAUGCUCUUAAUGGUACAACACAUGUGGCCAUUUCCCAUGGAAGUGACGCUCACUCUCCCAGUAUCAGCAUCUUCAGACUACAAUCUAGUUUCAACUUAAGUCUGGAGCAAACAUUGGCUGCUGGGUCUCUUGAAAUGGAGUACUUUUCAUGGGACUCGCAGGCGUAUUUGAUCGUAUCAAAUGAGGUAUUCAUGCUGACAGCAGGUUCUUUUUGGCUCGACCAUCUCCUGGAUCUACCUGAUGCAUCUGGCCUGUCUGUGUUCCUUCACGGCACCACUCUGUACCUUAUGGCGUGCUCUAGCACAGCAUCUGAUAGCUGCUUCCUUUUCCUCUUUGCUGACGGACACUUCCAAGACCCAAGACCUCUAGGCUUUGAAAUGACAGCAAAGCAAGUGGAGGUCUUGACUGUAGGGGGAGAGAAUAUCCUCCUGCUAAGCACUGAUGCACCGGCUCCUAUGUGUGAGGUGUUUGUGUGGGGGCCCAAGCAUGACGUCUUCCAGCACACUCAGACAAUAGCUCUUCCUGACCUAAUCUCACUGCAAGCAUUCACAACACCUUCUGGAAGUGCUCACUUGGCUCUGGCUGCUCCCAGUGGCUCUCAGCUCUACUCCUGGAGACCUGAUCUGACACAGUUCGUCAAAACGCUCAGUACAUUCCCAGCAGAGCAGUUCUUUUUCCUGCCCGUCUCCUCUCUUAAUGCCACCAAGAACCUCAUCAUCGCCACCAGCCAAUCAUACUCCGUUAUCUAUGAAAUGAUUUCUGUGUCCAACCAAUCAGACUUCAUACCCAGUUUUGGAGAGCUGAUAUUCCACCCUGGUGUCCAGCAGCUGGAAAUCUCUGUAAAUAUCAUUGAUGAUGACUUCCCAGAAGAUACGGAACACUUCAACAUCAAACUUAAGAACCCAAAGGGAGGGGCAGAGAUCGGAUUUAGCGGACAAGUGACUGUUGGCAUCUUGUCCAAUGACGAUGCCCAUGGGGUCGUUGGUUUCACACAGGACUCUGUGUUCAAAGAGGUGGAGGAGUUGGAGGAGGAUACUCACCUAAUUCUGAAUGUAGAGAGAACUAGAGGAACAUUUGGAAGCCUGGUUGUGUACUGGACGGCUAACGGAAGCCUGGAGGACAUCUUCCCGACCUCUGGCAUGUUGACAUUUUCAGAGAACCAAGCUAUGGCUGACAUUACUCUCACUGUGCUUGCUGACAAAAUCCCUGAACCUGCGGAAAAAGUUGUCAUCAUUCUCACCGCUAUCACCACGGAGGGCGUAGCUGAUGUGUCCAGAGGCGCGUCUUUGGAUCCUCACAGCUCUCUAGCGGAGAUCCACAUUCUACCCAAUGGCUUCUCCUAUGGAGUGAUUGGCUGGCACUUGGAUUCCAAACACAUUCUUACACAAGAACCUCUCGAGGAUCCCAUAAAUGUGACCCUGAGCAUCGUGCGUGAUCAUGGCACAACGGGCGAUGUGUUUGUCCACUACAACACCCGUCCUGCCUUCGCCCAGCCUCCAGCCAAUCAGGCCAGUGCAAAUGAGGAUUACGUGCCUAAGACACACAACGUCUUUAUGAGGGAAGGUGCCACCAGUGCCUGGGUGACCAUCACCAUCCUACCGGAUGAAAUUCCAGAGCUGAAUGAAACUUUCAUUGUGAACAUCACAAGAAUUGAACUUGUGGGUGGGACUGUGGAUGGCGGGCAGCCAACCAUUAAUAUGCCUGGCGUAGAAGUGGCAGAGAUCAUUAUCGAGGAGAAUGAUGACCCACGAGGAGUCCUGGAGUUUAAUGUCACAAAGGAUGAGACUGGGAGGAUGAUGGCUUAUGAAGUCCCUCCUCCUGAGAAUGUCGUACACCUACCAGUUGUGCGACGGGGUGGGAGGAUUGGCACAGUGGUUGCAUUCUGGGAAGUUGAACCUGUUUCUGCUGACUCAGAGGAUUUCAGUCCUGCUUCAGGGAACAUCACCUUUUAUGAUAACCAGGGUGAUGGUAUCAUCAUCAUCACCAUCACUGAUGAUGAUACUGUUGAGGCGACGGAGACUUUUCGUGUCAUUUUGAAGCAUGUGUCUGGAGGAGCCAGGCUGGGGAAGGAGUCAUCAGUAUUAAUAAGCAUUGGCCCUAAUGAUUCACCGCUGGGAAGCUUUGGUUUUGAGGCUCUCAUGGUUACGGUGUCUGAGCCCCAGUUUAGAGAUGAUCCUGCAUCUGUGGCGACCCUGACGGUGGUGCGGAGUCCUUUGGGUGAAGGAACUGUUCAUCUCACAUGGCUGCUGGAAGAGAAAGGAUGGGGAGACCUAACUCCUCCAAAUGGCACAAUCACAUUCAAUCAGAUGGAGUCGAGGAAGAUUCUAUCACUUCAUGCUGUGGCCGACACGGUUCCUGAGGGGGAGGAGAGGUUCUCUGUUCAACUUCUGGCCAUCACUGAAGGGGUCAUGAUUGAUCCAACAAGUGGUGUGGCGUCAGUUAUAAUCCAGGCUGAUCGUGGGGCCUCUGGAAGUGUUGGGAUAUCAGAAUCCUCACAGAAUAUUCUUAUUGGAGAGCCAAAGGGAGAGUACAACGGCACAGCUGUGAUCAGUCUAAUGAGAGGCCCAGGAGUGUUUGGGAAUAUCAAUCUCCUCUGGAACAUCACUCCAGUUGUGGCCUUUGAGUUUGAGCAGACUUCUGGAAUAGUCACAAUGAAAGAUCAGCAGUCGACUGCAACCAUCCUGCUGAAGGUACUCGACGAUGACAUUCCUGAGAUGCGAAGUUCCUACCAGCUCAUAGUCAGUUCUUCUAGCCCAGGGUCGGAGGUUACGCUUGAUAAGCGUGUGGCCAACAUCACCAUGGCAGCCAGUGACCUGCCCCAUGGGGUCUUCUCCUUCUCCCAGGGCUCCCUACAGGUUACUGAAGGGAACAGUAAGGUGAAUGUGACAGUGCUCCGCUCUCUGGGCACGUAUGGCAGUGUGAUGUUAAAUGUCCUUACCUUCAGCGGCACUGCUGACAGUGCUCAGGACUUUGUUCCACUGUCAGGGCAACUGCUGUUUGGACCCGGGGAGACAUCACGUGAUCUAAUUAUGGAGAUUUUAGACGAUGAAAUUCCAGAAGGUCCGGAGGAUUUCUACAUCAGCAUCACUGAGGUCGCACUGAUUGACAGCAGUAACCUGGACUUCACCGUGAGAGAAUAUGGCCUCCAGCGUGAUCAACCCCCAGCCAUAGGGAACAUCUCCUCUGUAACGGUUGUCAUUCUGAAGAACGACAAUGCAGAGGGCGUUAUUGAAUUUGACUCUGCGUAUGUCAACCUUACAGUUGAAGAGGAUGUAGGUGUUGUCUCCAUUCCUGUCUUAAGGGGAGUGGGCUCAUAUGGGUUGGUCAAAGUGAACUUCAUCACCCGUGGUCUGACUGCACUGCCUGACCUAGAUUACAUCAUCUCCCAUGACUCACUCACCUUCAUCCACGGCCAAACCCUAAGUCAUGUCAACGUCUCCAUCGUGGAUGACCUGGAUAGUGAGUUCAGUGAAGUUUUUGAAAUCCAGCUCUCUGGUGCCACAGGGGGCGCUGUCUUGGGCGGUUACCUUAUUGCUCAGGUAACCAUUGGUAAAAGUGAUUCCCUCAGUGGCAAGGUGCACUUCCUGAACGACAGUGAAGUUUUCAUUCCCAACCCCGAUGUCACCCAAAGGAUUACCUUGUCUCUGGAGAGAGUUGGGGGUUUGGUUGGAGAUGCUACAAUUGCUUGGCACAUUCUUGGCCCCAAUUCCAAGGAGGUUUUACCAUCUAAUAACUCAGACUUUGGUGACCCAGUAAAUGGAACGUUUCAUUUUGGAGAUGGGGAAGGAGGGUUGCGUUUGAUCUCAUUGCAAGUCUUGCCUCACGGGGAGGUGGAGGUGGAGGAAACGUUUGUGGUCCUGCUUCACCUCCUGGAAGGUGACAUGGACAUUGACCCGCGGGCUAACAGCAUCACAAUUGUGAUCAAGAAGUUUGGUGACCCCAACGGCAUAGUGCAGUUCUCCGAGCUGGACCUCCAGGAGGAGCGGGUGUACAGUGAGCCCACGGACAGUGAGGGGCCACUCAACAUCUCCCUGGGCAUCACCCGCAGAGAGGGGGUGGUCGGCCAUGUCACGGUAUUCUGGAAAAUUGUCAGCGACUUUGAUGCCAGCACCGACUUCUCUAGUUUGAGCGGAAGUGUGUCUCUGCUGGCGGGCCAGCGUGGGGCAGAGGUGCUGCUGACACUGCUGCCCGACGCCGUCCCAGAGCUGGAGGAACGCUACACGGUCCAGCUCACUGCUGUGGAGGGUGGAGCUGAGCUUGACACCAACCGUAGUAGUGUCCACCUCAGAGUAUAUGCCAAUGAUGAGCCCUACGGAGUGUUUGCCAUCUUCUCUGAACAUCAGCAGAUUGUAGUGGGGAAGGAGAGUGAUGGACACACAAGGCACUUGGUUCUAAAUGUGACACGGCAUUCAGGUACUUUUGGGAAUGUCAGUGUGCAAUAUGAGGUUAGAUAUGCUGCUGUAGGGAAAACCAUUCUAGAGGAGGGUGGAGAGGUGCAGGGAAGCAUUCUGGUGAUGGAUGGAGAAGAUGCUGCCAGCACUGCUGUGUCCAUUAACAUCCAGGUGUUCUUUGCUUUUGGCUCAAACAUUACUGUUGAGCUGACAGAUGUGUAUCUGAUUGGACCAUCGCUCACUUCUCCACCCCGUAUCUCACCGGAGUCAAACAUGGCUGUUGUAACGGUUCCAGAGCAAGCAGCUAAUGCUCAGGUCGGAUUUCAAUCAUUGGCUCUCGAGGUCUCCAACACUGAGACUGGCCUUUGUGAAGCGCUUGUUGCAAGGCAGGGGCUCUAUGGAGAUGUUACGCUGGAGUGGACUGCUGGGUAUCCACCUGGACAAAGCCCGUCUGGAUACCAGCAGGGUCUCAUUAGCCCAAGCUCAGGACGUCUUUUGCUGGCACAUGGAGAGAAGAAUAAGGUGAUCUCUGUGACUGUUCUGGACAAUUCAACAGACUCUGCUGCGUAUGCUUUGCAUCUAACUCGUGCUUACUCCGAUGCACCAGGGGGAGCCACACUCAGGGAUGGUUUUACUUUGGCUGAAAUUGAACCCAUGGGGAUAUUCCAGUUCGCCCCAGGCUCUCGGCAGCUUGUAAUCAACGAGGACACGCAGACCAUCACUCUACACGUACGGCGUCUCUUUGGCUUUCGCAGUAAGCAGUCUCAUCUCUUUUUUGAAACCAUGGAGGGCACUGCUCAAGCAGAACAAGAUUUUGUCCCCAUUUCCACUGGCCAACUGCUGUUCCAUGCACAACAGUCAUCCGCCAUGAUAAACAUCUCCAUAGUGGACGAUGCACUAACAGAGCCCUACGAGACGUUUUAUAUCCACCUGACAGGAGCCAUAGAACUUGAUGGCGGAACCCCACUGGUUGUCAUGGAGACAGGUCCUCGUGUGGACCAACAGAACGCUAUAGUAAGCAUUACUAUUUGGGACAAUGAUGCGGUGAGUGAGACAGGGGGGCUGCUCAGUAUGGAGCCAGCAUUCGUGCAUGUUACAGAGGACUGGGAGGACAGUCACGGCCAGGAGCAGCAGCAAGUCAUCCUUUGGGUGCGGAGAACAGAAGGACUUCAAGGGGUAAUAAGUGUAAGGGUUAGGGUGUAUGCUGCAGGUAGUGCUGUUGCCCAAAACUUCUCCACCUCUGAGCAGAACCACACCUGGGCUCAGGAGGGACAGGACUUUGAGCUGGAAACAGUGUUGGUGUCCCUGCUAGAGGGGCAGAGUGAGGCUGAAGUGAGCAUUCGGAUUCUUGAUGACACGGAACCUGAGGGUCAGGAGGUGUUUUUCAUCUACCUCAGUGAGCCACACGGAGGUGCCCAGCUGGUGAGUGGGGUCCACCAGAAUGGCCUCACCUCAUUCUCCAAAAUCAUCAUUCUGGGGAGUGAUUUUCACAAUGGCAUUCUGGGAUUUAGUCUAGAUUCUCAGUUGGGACAUGCACUAGAUGAGGACUCAGACAAUAGAACUGCUGUACUUCGGCUCCACAGACAGGAAAACCGGGCCUAUGAGGAUGUGGUGGUGUCCUGGCGGGUGACGUUAAGCAUGAGCGGCUUGUCUCUUGUCAGCCGUGGGCUCAACCUGACCAAGGAAUUGCUACAGACGUCUGGCAAAACUCUCUGCAAACGAGGAGAGGUCCUUUGUUCUAUAUCUCUGGAAGUUAGGGCAGAUCAGGACCCCGAGCACCAGUCCUGGUUCCUGGUGGAGAUCUACGAGGUGACGGAGGGGGCUGCCAUCAACCAGAGUGCCAAGUUCGCCAACAUCACCCUGUUGGAGAGUGAUGUCACACGGGGGCAUCUGGUAUAUUUUGCUGUGGGCUCUCGGCUGCCCGCUGUUCACCUCAAGUCUACUCAACUGAGUCUUCAGGUCCAAAGAGACAUUACCACAGAGUCCAUCACAGUUCAGUACCUCAUGGAGAUGCUGCAGAAGGCUGAAGUACUGGGCCCCACUCUCAUCUGGCCUGCAGUGGCAGGAGAGGAUGUCACGUGGAGCGAGGGGACACUGACCUUCAAGGUGGGCCAGCCAACUGCCAGCCUUCAAGUGAGACUGACACCUGGCCAGGCCUCUUCCCAGCCCACACCAAAGCGCUUCAGAGUGAUACUGUUGGCAGGGCCAGGGGCUGAAGUGCACCCACACUAUGGGGUGGCCAACGUGACCAUUGUGUCCGACACAGAGACUCAAGCAAUAUGGGCAUUGCUGGACCAGCUGAUUCAACCCCUCAGUCAGAAUGUCAUCGACCGUGCCCUGCAGAGCCUCACCAGCAGUGUCACCACGGGUGAACUCAGCCUGGAGAAGCUGACUGCUGUGUGGGAUGCACUGGACAAGAUUCUGACUGAGGCUGAACAGAUCCCUCUUGAAGACAGUACUCGAAGCUUGACCUAUGAACUCCUGUGCUCUCUGGCCAACCCCAGCCGCAGGGACACCCGUGGCCUGAGCCAGUUGGCAGAGGUGGUUGAGCGCUUCGCCUUCUCUUUGGUGACACAUGUUGCCUGUGGCUCAGAGGGUCAAAGUGGAAGGACUCUUCUGGACAGCUGUCCAUACUUUACUCUGGCAGCUCAUCACUGGUACCCCACUCAGAUCAAUGGCCACACUUUCACUGGCAGAAACCUGGACACCUUCACUAUCCCCGAGAGCCUCUUGACGGUGCCAGCCCCUCCACUGACCAGCCUGGCUCUGUCCGCCUGUCGCAGAGUUCAGUUCACAGAAUACAGCACCGAGCACUGGUUCAUCAAAAACACCAAAGUCAGCGCACUCAAUGACAAGGUAUUUUCAGUUAGUCUGGCUGGACACAGCUCUCAGCCUCUUGCUGAUGGAACUGAAGUAUUCUACCGCAUCCACACCCCAGAUGUUGGGCUCCGCCCCCGACCCUCCGUUUGCCUCCUCUGGAGCCCGAUAGCUGAGAGCUGGCUUUCAGAUGGGAAGUUCUGCCGUGUUGUGGAUGACCGUGAGAAUUUUGUAGAGUGUGCCUGUUCCCACCUCUCUGUCUACGCUAUAUAUGCUGAUCAAGCUGCCCUCGACUCCUACAACGCAGCAUUCUAUGCCAGUGGGUUCAUAUGCAUCUCUGGGUUUUCUUUGGCCAUCCUAUCACAUGCACUGUGCUCCAGGUUCCCCAUGUUUGCUGUUAAGCUCCUCACUCACAUGAUGGUUGCCUGCCUUGGCACACAGAUUUGUUUCCUUGUGUCAGUGUUCCGAGGGAAGAUGUUCUCUGAGGAUAGCUGUGCUGCCCUAGGCCUCUUCUCUCACUACUUUCAUCUCAGCCAGUUCAGCUGGAUGCUUAUACAGGCAAUUAAUUUCUGGCAGACUCUGGUGAUGAAUGAUGAGCACACAGAGAGACGUUAUCUUCUGUUCUUCCUCUUGAGCUGGGGACUUCCUGCAUUGGUCAUCAUCGUACUGGUCAUUGUGCUUCUGGCAGGAUAUGGCUGGAGUAUCCAUGAUGUCUACGGCCUCGUUCAUGGAGAUCUGUGUUUCAUCCCUAAUGUAUAUGCUGCACUGUGCUCGGCUGCUUUGGUACCUCUCAUCUGUCUGGUGGGAGUGCUGGUGGUCUUUGCCCAUGCCUAUCAGGUUACACAGCAAUGGAAGGCAUAUGAUGACAUUUACAGGGGCCGUACCAACAGCUCAGAGAUUCCCAUGGUGCUCUAUCUGUUUGCUCUGGUUUCUGUCGUGUGGCUAUGGGCAGGACUGCAUAUGGCUUACAGACAUCUCUGGAUGCUGAUUCUUUACAUUAUCUUCAACAUCUUGCUGGGUCUAUAUGUGUUUGCUGUUUAUUUCAUCCUGCAUAACCAGUUGUGUUGGCCUACGAAAGCCAGCUAUACUGUGGAAAUGAACGGGCACAACAGGACCCACUCCACAUACCCAGGCACAGGUGCAGUUACAGUGGCCAGUGAGAUCAGUAAAUCCACCCAGAACCUCAUAAGUGCCAUGGAAGAGGUAUCUGCUGACUGGGAACAGGCAUCCCUGAGGCGCAGCAGUCAGCUCAGUGGCAUGUACACCUUAGGACCACCAAGCCAGCCUUACCAUGGAGAUCAAGAGUUACUUAACACCCUCACAGCUGAUGAGGAGUCACAGGAUUUUGAUGACCUUAUAUUUGCCUUGAAGACUGGUUCUGGCCUUAACAUCAGCGAUAAUGAGUCCCUCCAGGGGAGCCAGGAUGGCACCAUGGCUGAGUCCCAGAUUGUGGAGCUGCGACGUAUCCCAAUAGCCGACACACACCUUUAA